AUGGCAUCGCAUUCUUCAGAGGACGAGGGCUACGGCUUCGACCCCUCUGUGCCUUUCAAAGGCGUCAUUGUCUGCUGCACCAGCAUCCCGCCUGACCAACGGACAGACAUUGCCCAAAAGGUAGCCGAGCUCGGCGGCCUGCACAAGUACGAUCUCACCCCCGACGUGACGCAUCUCGUUGUCGGCGACUACGACACGCCCAAGUACCGCCAUGUCGCCCGCGAAAGAGUCGACAUCAAGGCCAUGGACGCCGCCUGGAUCAACGCCGUCAACGAGCUGUGGAAGAAUGACGAGGAAUUCGACUUUGUCGCACUGGAAAACAGCUAUCAGCUAAAGGCGCUGGAGACGAGCGGUAUCGAGCCCUCGUCGCAGGAGGAAACCUCGCCAGCUGCGAGGGGAUCGCUGCUCAUCUGCUUGACGGGGUUCGGCGACACGAGGGACCAGAUUGCAGAGAUGAUUAUGCAAAACGGCGGUCGCUAUACUGGAGAUUUGACCAGGCGAUGCUCGCAUCUGAUUGUCAGCAAGCCAGAGGGCAAAAAGUUUACAGCGGCAAAGUCGUGGGGGGUACACACGGUUACUCUGGAUUGGCUCGAACAGACUGUCGCACGCGGCAUGAUCUUGGAAGAAACAAAGUUUGAUCCGCUAUUACCUCCGGAAGAGCAAGGCGUUGGCGCAUGGGUCAAGAAGGAUCCGAAGAGGUCAGCUUUAGGGAAGAGAGCAAGGUCAGCGGUGCUAAACGGAGGGCCAGAUGAAGGCAUGAGGAAAUUGCGCAAGACUGCCAGCAUGAAGCUGAGCUCGCAGAGAAACGACCUCUGGGGCGACAUACUUGGCAGAUCUGCGUCAAGAGAGUAUUCGUUUGCCCACGAGAAUCCUCCCGGAGCGCCGACCACCGGUCCUGAUCCAGCCGCUGCUUCAGUUGACGCCCCCAUACCAAUCUCUGAAGUUCCCACGCAGCCCGGCUACUCUCUCCAGGAGGACCAGGGCGUCUUUGCCAACUGCGUUUUUGUCGUCCAUGGAUUCCCACAGCAGAGAGCAGCCAUCCUGGAGCAGACAAUCGCGACUCUCGGCGGCACCAUCGUCUCGUCGUUGCAAUCCCCAGCUAUGCUGUCCCAGCCAACAGACCCCGAACACUACCGAUUCCUCAUCGUCCCCCAAACCUCCCAACCCGACACACACCCCAAAGUGCCAAACGAGCACAUUCACAUCAUUACCGAAUUCUACAUCGAAAACUGCCUGCAUAACAAGCGAUUCUUCAAUCCCAAUGAGCAGGUCCUCGGGCGACCGUUCCCCCUGUUCCCCAUCCCCGCGUUUGCAAGCAUAACCGUGUGUAGCGCCGCGUUUACCGGAAUAGAGCUCAACCAAGUUGCGAGGAGCGUAGCCCAGCUAGGCGGUAAAUACGAAGAAUCAUUUCGGCGGUCAACAAACGUACUCGUCUGCAAAUCUCUCAUGUCAAUGCGGAGAGAAAAGCUAAAGUGCGCGCUCGACUGGGGCGUGCCUGUUGUUUCCGCAGACUGGCUGUGGGAAUGCAUAUCCAGCGGCAGUCUAGUUCCCAUUGAAGACUUUGUAUAUCCCGAGAUUAAGAAACGGCGCGUCAAGCGAGACCCCUUUGUCAACGACGAAGACGACGCUGCGCCGGAAAAGCCGCUUCGAAAGGCCCCUGAGGCGAAACCCGCGGCAAAGCCUCCCAAGCAAAGCGUCGACACCACAGCCUUUGACAAAGACUUGCCUGGGAAAAGCCGCGCCAAACAGACGCUCGAGUCUAUCACGUCGGCAGACUUUCUGACGGCACGAACCCAUCCGGCCAACACUGUGUGGACAGCCGACACGCCUCCUCUGACUGAGCUGUCGUCGGCCGCGCUCAACGUGUCGCCAAAGCUGCCGGCAGCCAAAACCCCUCUUGCUCGCAUCAUAUCCGCUCCAGCCAAGCUGCCCCAACCCCAAGAACAAUCACUCCCAGCACCUCCUCCCCCUGAAGCAACAAAACAAGCACCCUCCGAAGCCCCAACAGAACAAGAGCCAUCCGCCGACCAAGUUGAAAAACAACGCCAGCUAGCAGCCGCCGCAGAGCUUCGCCAAGGCCUCACAUCAGCCCUCUCCGACCUCAUUCCCCCUCUCACAUCCACCUCCCUCGCCAACUCCAAUUCCGCUCCUCACCAGCAAUCCGGCCCUCGUGCCCUCGGUCGUCGUCGCCACAAAAUCCUCGGUCGUGCUAUUAGCAACGCUUCUAAUGCUAGCAGCGCCGCCAGCAUCGACAGCGCUGCUCUUCCGCCUCGCGCGCUGCAGGAUGAAGAUGUCGAUGAGGAGAGGCAGAGACAGUCUCCCCCGGCGACGCAGCUUGAAUAUCGUGAUCCCGAGGCCAUGGAGACGAAAGCCAUGCUAAUGAGCAGGAUGACCGGUGCCGUGGAAGCAGCACCACCAGAGAUUCUCGGCCGCACAAGGUCUUCUAGGAGAAAGUAG